AUGUCUAUGUCAAUCAAACGUCACUUAUCAAUGUUUACUCCAUCUACUGCUCCUGCUGAUGCUAUGAAACCAUCUGACUCUAGAUCCUCACUGGAGGAUUCAUUUAAGGAAUCCUCUGGGUUAGUCUCUGGUCUACCAGCUCCAAACACAGUUGUGUAUACAGCUCUGUUUGUUGCGCAAAGCAUUGAACAGGUUAUGAGCCGCUGUGUGAUCGAAGAUCUCAACCCAUUUGAAAUAAAGAAGAAAUACCACUUCCAAGAAUGGUACUAUUGCUUCAAACGAAAGUUUCAGACGACGUUCACGUCUGGUGAAGAAUUCUGUACUCUCUCUCGUGCGGAAUACGCAAAAAUUUUCUCUGGACUGGAAGAGUCAAUUCGGCAGGCAGUGAACUGUAUGGACCUGUGCUUUCAUAAGUGUAUCCAUCACCUUCUUCAGAAUAAGGCCUUCUUUACGGUGCCGAGGAUUCUCACUCGAGAGUUUCUUGAAAAUGAAUUCAUUCCUAGCAUUAAGGAUAGCGACACGAACGCCUAUCUUUUGGCAAAUGAGAUGCGCCGUGAACAGUUAGAGUUGCGAGCAUCGCACGGAGACUAUCAACCUUUGUUGUUCCAUCUCCUUGCCUUGUCUGCUAGUCCUGAAGAAAUAAGGCGGACUUUUAUGAGGGUCUUUACGUCCAAAGUCUCGACUCCCAAGCAAUUCACCGACUAUGCUAAGUCGUUCUCUGAAGCUGCAUCCGCCACACAGGAGAUUGAUCAACAGAUUCAUUUUUGGUUCGCGUCCAUUGUAGAUUCCCAUCCCCAUUGGCUCUCCAAAGAUAAGACCGUGCUGAAAGAAUCGAAGUUUGAUAAUCGGAGAUUGGAAAAAGCCCCACCCGCCCAACCCCACUCUCACAAUGGUAAACGAGGAAACUUUCGGAAGAAGUUUUCUAAACCUUAUUCGGAGUCGUCUUCCAAGACGAACAAGUCUUCUGGUCUGAAUGCUGGCAAAGCUAAUGAUGGGUCUCUCUAUCUUGUGUCCUACAAUGAAGAUAUUUCUGUUUAUCCCACCUGUACAUUCAUCCUAGACUCGGCCUCCGAUAUUCAUAUUACCAACGACAAGACUCUCUUGAGUCAUGUGAGAUCGACGACUCGUGAAAUUUCUCAUGGUGUGACCCAUAUUGUUAACACCAUUGGAGACAUGAAAAUUGAACUCUCGGAUGGCCACCAGUUGGUCCUUCCUGAUGUGCACUACAUCCCUGAGUUACCCAAUAUCAUCUCCUUUGAUCGAUUCCGUCAGGCGGACGGUUGCAUUGCUAUUGAUUGCAAUGGCGACCUUAUUAACGUUCACACACUUAAAGUGGUGAGCCCCUAUACAACUCGACACCUUGUGCUUAAUGUUCGAGUUUUACCUUGUGAUGCUGCGGCGACUCACAGCCACGUCGCCUCACACACCCCACCCCUCAGUCUAUUUUUAAUUAAUCGACUUGAUACUGUCUCUGAGGAUCCCUGCAGCGAUUCCUCUCCUGACACUGAGUCAGUAAUAUCGAAUGAUGCUGAACAAGAGACCGACCCCUCUGACACUUCAGACACCCUCACGGUCAAGGCCGAUGCCCUCUCUCAACUGUGGCAUAUUAAGUUGGGCCAUCCCGGUGCCAACCAAUUUGCGGCUUUCAAAAGAUUACUUUCAAUACCCAAAUCUGUGGUUCAUGUUCCCCUCACCCAAUGUCGUGGUUGUCUUGGAGCCAAAACCACUAAUCACUUUCCCAAGGAAUCCCGUGGCGUUACACCCAUUACCCAACCUUUUGAGGUAAUCCAUGUCGACAUCUGUGGCCCCUUUGAUUCUCAUCCGGCCUACGACAAUACACGGUACUUCCUUACCAUUGUUGAUCGCUUCUCCCGUUAUGUUACGGCUAUUCCGUUAGCUCGGAAGAGUGAAGCCUCGACUCACAUUCAAACCUUUAUCCUUCGGAGCUACAACGCUCUUCGCGCCACUCACUAUCCCAAACAGUUUCGCUCGGAUAAUGGCACUGAAUUCAUCAAUGAUAAUCUUCUUGUCUUUCUUGAUGAGCACGGUAUCACUCCUCAUUUCACUCAUGCCCAUUGUUCUUCUCAGAAUGGCAUUGCGGAGCGUAUGAACCGUACUCUUGAAGACAAAGCUCGUGCUCAAAUCGCACAUGGCAAUAUUCCUCUUGCUUUCUGGCCUGAGGUUAUUCGGUACUCUGCAUUCAUUCUCAACUGGACACCACGCUCCAACUUACAACAUAAGACACCUACUCACUGUUGGUUUAACAACCUGCUGAUUCCCUGCCCCACCUUUUAUCCUUUUGGGUGCACUGCACAGGUUACGUUUCCGCUUGAAAUCCGUGCCAACAAAUUAGCUCCUAAUUCUCUUGAAUGUGUCUAUUUAGGACCUGCUGUUCAACGCACAGGCCAUCGCUUCUUCAGUUAUGACCUCAUGACGGUCUUCGACUCUGACCAAGCUACCUUUCUUCCCGAAGACCUAUACUUUAUCAAGCAUGAUGCGCGCAUUAGGUCUCUUCUGAUUAAUCACAACCGCCUUCCUACGGCUCUCCUCCCAAGCAUUAAGUUGCCGGCGCCCUUUAAACGUCUCUCUCCUGAAGACCUCUUUCGUGAAAAGCAAGAUCUCGCGAAUCUCUUUUCCACGCAGCCUCGAACCACUGAAAAGUCUGCUUCUCCUCCGCCCGUGGUCCCGGCGGACUCCACGACUCUGCUGAUCACUGAGUCCUCUCCUAUGCCUUCUCGAAAGGUUGCUAAGACGCUGUCGCUUACCCCGUCCGCUACCUUAGCGCAGUUGCUGACCUCUUCUGCCACUAAUCCGGUUACGGCGCCUCCUGCUUCUCCGCCGCCGCCUUCCUCGUCAUCUCCACCUCACUACCGGACCCGGAGCUAUACUCGCUCCCUUUUUCCCAAAUUGCUGUCAUCCACCAAGGGGGGUAGACAACAUGAUCACCUCCUUAAAUUUCCAGCCCGACUGCAACAAGUGUCAGUUGCCCAGUCUAACAAAUCUAAAAAGUCGAAAAAGCGUUCUCAUGAUGAAGUCCUAAUGGUUCUAAGGACUGACAUGGUGGAUACACCUGGUCACAAGGAAGAAAUUCCUAGUACUACUUCAGUCUUACAUGCUGCGACUGUGUAUGCUGAAAACCAUCUCAAUAACCUGAGACCUAUUCCUAACUCCUAUUCUGAAGCCAUGAGAGCUGCAGACAAACAGAAUUGGUUAGAAGCUUGCAACCUGGAAAUGCAAGCACAUCACGAAAAUGGCACAUUUACUCUUGUCCCUUUACCACCAAACGUAAAGCCCAUAGGCUGUCGAUGGGUUUUCAAUAUCAAGGACAAAGGCCUCUACAAGGCCAGACUAGUUGCCAAAGGCUAUACACAGAAAGAAGGAAUUGACUACGAAGAAACCUUCUCUCCUGUGAUUAAGCAUACUAGUCUACGUCUACUCCUAGCCAUUGCUGGUAGACUCAAAAUGCAUGUACAUCAAAUGGAUGUUAAAACCGCGUUCUUAAACGGUGACCUCAAGGAAGAUUUAUACAUGAGACAACCUCCCGGUUACAAAGCUGUUUCCAAGAAUAGUGAAGAUAAGACCACUGAAUAUGUUCUCAAGUUGAACAAGUCAAUCUAUGGAUUGAAACAAGCUCCCUUAGUCUGGAAUCAGACUAUAAACAAAACUCUUGUGUCACUUGGCUUUAAGAAAACUAUCCAUGAACCAUGCAUAUACUAUAAGUUUGAUAAUAAAGAUCAAACUUUAGUCGCACUUUAUGUUGAUGAUAUGUUAAUCGCUGGUACAAACCUUGCAAAGAUAAAUCAACUCAAAAUUCACUUAGGUCAAGUCUAUCAAAUGAAAGACCUUGGUGUUGCUACGAAAUUCAUUGGUAUGAACUUGGAGAUAUCAUCCACUGGAAUUCAAGUCUGCAUGAAAGAUUAUAUUCGAAAUCUCCUUGCAGAAUACAACAUGACUGAUUGUAAUCCAGUCAAAACACCUGCGAAUAAAACUAACCUUGACGACUUACCUGACAGCACAGAUCUACCAUGUGAUGAAAAUGAAUAUAGAUCCAUUGUUGGAAAAUUACUCUAUGCUGCAAACACAGUUCGAUACGACAUAAAUUACAUCGUUCUGAAAUUAUCACGCUACUUUGCAUCACCUAAAGUGAAACACAUGGAUGCUGCCAAACGUGUUCUCAGAUACCUAAAAGGCACCCCAACAUUUGGCUUACGCUUAUACAUCAUAUGGACCAAAAAAGCUCUUUAG